AUGGCAAUGAUCUGUUCUGGUGAUGUUAGAGUUUGUUGCUGUUGCUGUUGUGAUGAAUGUGAGGACUGUUGUGGAUGUUGUGACUGUUGUUGUUGUUGUUACUGUUGUGGACAAUGUUGUCUUGGUGGUAAAGGGCGUGUUGCUGAUUAUUCAAAACCAAUCGAUAAACAACCGUCAGUUACUCAGAUGAACAAGGACUAUGGAUACGACUCAAAUAAGGUCCCUGCAUCUAUGAAUAAACCAUCACCUGUUGUUGCUAAAAAAAUUAAAGUAUUUACUGUGCGGUUUCAACCUAAUCAUCCUUCUGUCCAUUUCGAUGAUACACAUCUAUCACCUCAAGAGCCAGCUAUAUAA